AGAAGUACUAACUGACGUGGUGGAAGCGGGCGGGGAUUAUUGUCAAGGCAAGGUGGAUCUCCGUGGCAUGAAGUCACCGCGGCAUACAAAGGCAUCCGAGCCGACGGUGCUCCUCCUCAAAUCGAAAGACACCAAGUACGUGGAUUCCUUUCGUCGAUACGGCUACAACGCGGUGUUCUCGGACGUCCUUGCCUUCUCAAAUGAAAACGUGGGCGGGCUGCACAAGGUUCUCCACUCGCUGGAUCAAUACGUCGGUCUCAUCAUCACCAGUCCUCGUGCGGCGUCCGCCAUUGUGUCGGUCAUUCAGUCUGUACCAGCGGACGAAGCGCAAACGCUAGUGGCGUUGCUGAAGGAAGUUCCCAUCUAUGUGGUCGGGAAAGUUACGUCCAAACCGCUGAGCGACCAUUUGGGUGUGGCAUGCUUGGGCGAGGAUUCUGGUUCUGCCGAGGUCCUGGCAACAUUCAUCGCCGACUCGGGCAACUUGAAUGGGCCCAUGGUAUUUCUGUGUGGAGAAAAGCGCAUGGACGCAUUGCCAUUGAGCUUCCAUGCCCGAUCGCAACGACUAGACGAGCUCGUGGUCUACGCGUCGCAUCAAGUGGAUGGAAUCGAAUGGCUGCAGACUGCGAGUGCUCCACCUCAGUGGGUUGCCUUCUUCAGUCCCAGCGGCGUCGAUGCCGCGCUGCGAAUGACGAGCGUACCCUGGAGCAGCAUCAAGAAAGUGGCUCUAGGAAAGUCUAGCGCCGCAGCGUUGGCCAAAGCUGCGCAAGUGCAUGAUGACAAAACCUGGGAAGCGAAGGCAGUGGCGGCAAAACCUACGCCGGAUGAGUUGAUAGCAGCGAUUGUAGCAUAUGACAAGGACACGACCGAAGUCACGGGAUGGAUGGACCGCUCGUGAUGCGUCGGAGGUGUUCGAUUAGAUAUGAUAUCGGCUAGAUGAAGUUUGCGAACGAAGGAGCGGUAGGAUGAAUGGACUAUUCGACGCCGUAACGCGCCUUAAGUUGUGAGAUCUCCUGUUGCUUGGCA